GUUUUGCUAUUGGCUGUGGAGAGCGACGCGCACAGCGGCAGGAGACGCGACCAGAGCAGCGCGCGAUGACUGAGGAAUAUCCAACGAUCAGGGAUAUCAGGAUAAAAGUGGAUCUGUUCGUGUUCAAGAGCCGAAUGUGUAGAAUUAAAUCUCUGGCGCUAAAAAAAGUCCAGAUUAAGGGUUAAUCCACACACACACACACACACACACACACUGACUGAAGACAGAAGCAGUGCUAGAACAGAUGGAGGAAUGAGUGUGUGUGUGUACGGAGGGAUAGUGAAGAAGUGUGAGCUUGAGGGCUGAGGAGGACACUGAAGGAGGAAGAGGAAGAGGAAGAGGAGGUGAUGAAGAACUCAACCCUAACUAAACAGCAGAUGCUCCGUCCUCAUCCUUGCCGUGGCUCUGUGGGGUAUUUUUAUCACUGAGGUUGGAGAACAAAGAACAAAUUAAUUCGGGGGCUUUUAGUGCACCUGCCUGAUCUGCACACACACACACAUACACACACACACUGGGUUCUCCUCCUGCAUGUCUGGGAUGUUCCUGACCCUGUGCUGAAAUGGUGGACGGACAGUGUGCUGCAGCUCAUAUGAUGUCCAGCAUGUAGGUAGCCUUCUAGUUCCCACUCUGCUGCCAUGCCGUAAGCCCCCACGUGGCCGUUAGGCAGCAUGACGGCCGUUUACCCAGCCAAUGUGGGGGCCAGCGGGGGCCCAGGUGGCCCUCAGCGGAGCGGCCGCUGGACUCGGCAGGACAGCUCGGACAUCUGCACAGACGACGAGGGUCCGCCGCCCCGCAGGCUAACACCCCUCGAGAAACUCAACCUGGACAUGUGCCAAGAUGACAAGGUGGUCCGGGAAAUGGCGGUGGGGAGACGGAUCGGAUUCUACAAAAUCCGUGGAGAGAUCGGGUGCGGGAAUUUCUCACACGUCAAACUGGGCAUCCAUGCUCUGACCAAAGAUAAGGUGGCCAUCAAGAUUCUGGACAAGACCAAGCUCGACCAGAAGACCCAAAAGCUGCUAUCCCGGGAGAUCUCCAGCAUGGAGAAGCUGCACCAUCCCAACAUCAUUCGGCUGUAUGAGGUGGUGGAGACGCUGACUCGUCUGCAUCUGGUAAUGGAGUAUGCAGGUGGAGGGGAGCUCUACACCAAAAUCACCAUGGAGGGGAAACUGUCUGACAUUGACUGCAAGAUAGUCUUCUCUCAGGUCCUCUCAGCCGUCAAGCACAUGCACGACAAUAACAUAAUCCAUCGUGACCUGAAAGCAGAGAACGUCUUCUACACCUGCAGCACCUGUGUGAAGGUGGGCGACUUCGGGUUCAGCACGGUGAGCCGGCGAGAUGAAACGCUAAACACAUUCUGUGGUUCUCCACCGUACGCAGCGCCCGAACUGUUCAGGGACCAGCACUACACGGGUGUCCAUGUGGACGUGUGGGCUCUGGGGGUCAUGCUGUUCUUCAUAGUGACAGGAACCAUGCCAUUCAGAGCUGAGACAGUGGCCAAGCUAAAGCGCUGCAUCCUGGAGGGGGCGUAUGUGUUGCCGACGUGGGUGCCUGAGCCGUGCCAAAAGCUGAUCCGCGCCAUCCUGCAAACGCAGCCAUCGGAACGCUGCAGCGUGGAGCAGAUGAUGGCCUGCGAGUGGCUACAGCCAGUGGAUUUCCCCAAAGCUGUGGAGCCAUUCAAGCUGGACCCACUGUAUUUAGCUGAGUCAGGGCUUGCUGAGCUGGAGGAGGAUGAGAUUGAGGUGAGGAACGCUUUAGAGACGCUCGGCAUUACAGCGGAACACAUACGCAACAACCAGGGCAAGGACUGCAGGAGCUCCAUCACAGGGGUCUACCGCAUCCUGCUGCACCGGGCGCACAAGCGGCGGGCCAUGGAGAGCAUGCCUGUGGUCACACAUGUAGUGAAUGGGACAGAAGUGAAAAAAGAAAGACUAAAAGCCUACAGAAGCCUCAGACACACGUCCAAACUCUGCAUCAUUCUGUGACUAUGACCACAGGUGGAGUUUUGGGUUUUGGGAGUGAAAUAUGGCAUGAUGUAGCUUUUAAUCCACAGUUUCAUUUUUAUUCCUUACAGUUAAACAGACUGCUUCUGUUACUGUGCCUUUAAAACUAAGCUCUGUUCUAAUCAGCUGUCCUGUAUUGUGCCUUGUUCAAAAAGCAGUCUAGGCUGAACACUCUCCUUAUAACUUUAAUAUGAAUGGGUGGGGCUAAACUGCUGUAGGCUGAAUGGGUGGGGUUAAACUAGAGAACGUAUAGAGAGGAGAGUUACCACUUUAGAUUCUGUUCCAGAUUUUUAAACACUAGAGGGCACGUUAUGAAGCAUUGGAGCAAAUCAGUUUGAUAAUGAUUGAUGUUUACGCUGAAAAUGUAAAACUUAUUUCCUCAACACAGGACAACAUGACACAUUUCAGCACUAAAGACUCAUUUUUAAAGUUUUUAAAUCUAUUUUUUUAUUGUUAAUUUUGGAAAAAUAGAGACCAUUUUAAGCCCCAAUCAUAGGGGACACUCUCACAGUCAUUAUGUAAUAUAAUGGGGGGAAAUAUGAUGUAAACACUCUCGCUAUUAAUCAAAUCUGGUUAAACUCCUGCAGGCUGAAUGGACAUGGCUGGAUUGCAGAAAAUCUAAUUAUAGAAUGUCAAGCUCUAACUGUGCUAUAAAUACAAGGAAUUGUAUUUUAGCAUGUACAAUUUUGGAUAAAAUAUGUAUUUUUAAUCUGCAAAAUUCAUGGCUCUUCCCCAUUUUUUAUUUUCAAACUACACAUUUAAUUACACAUUUGUAGACGGUCAUUAUAUAAUAAUAAUAAUUAUUAUUAUUAUUAUAAAAUAUAGCAUAUAUUCCACUGACAAUUUAACGACCAUAUGUUAAAAUUUAAUCUGUAAUAAACCAAAUACUUUCUUCUGUCAAAUGAAUUUGGAACAGCCAUGAAUUCUUACUGAAAUUGCACAUGCUACAAAAUACUGCCUAGAAGGGAGUGUUAAGAUAUUUUAGUAUUUAUGUGUUAGAAUGUGUUUUUUAAGUGCGCUUCUGAAAAUCUUAUUUCUGAAACUGAGAAACUGUGGAUUAAAAGCUGAAGGGCUAGCCGUAGUAGCGCAAUGAAUGUUCCUUUUGAACACGCACAGACACUUCUACUGAGCCUGCUGGUGGAGUGCCAUUUAUUUAGCUUACGCACAGUAAGUUCCAUAUAUUCUCUUGUUAUGACUGAUGUCAAAAAUGAAGCUUAUCACUGUAGUUUUUUUUUUUCACUUUCUGGUAAAACUGUUUGUUUUAUCUUCUCAGGUGUUCACAGAGGUCAGUUCUCCAGUGGCUGAAUUAAGGCUAACCUGCUAAAACUGCAUGCUAGUCACUUCACAAAAUCUAAUCACUAAAGUUCACUUAAAACACUGCUUUUAAGGAUAACUUAAACUGGGCAGUUAUUUUGAACCAGUUAUUCAGAAAAUCUUGAUAACUAUGAUGCCAAAUAAAAACAGCUGUUUUGUCUGCUAGCUGAACAGAAACUAAAUGAAAUGGAGCACGCUAGAGUGUCUUAAAAGCAAUAAUAUAACCCAACCAGCCUGCGUGUCUGAGAAAAUAAUCACGCUACACUUCAUUUUCACACAAUUACACCAGCAGAAAUAUAAAAAAUGAGGUGUUUAGUUAGGUCUUUGCAGUCAUGCUUUAUCUGUUUUAGCAUGUGCUACUCUGGAUCUGGCCACUAGUGUGUGUAGUUCUUCCCCUCUGUCUGUAAGCUUUGCCUGUGGCUGAAACUCUAAAAAAAAACUCCACUAUUUUCAUAUCAGGAAAGGAGCAUAUGUGAGAUUGUGUUUUUAGGUUUGGUAUACCUCUUCUGUUAUUUGAGAUAUUCCACCAGUACAACUUCUUUUUUGUCCCACUGUGUGAACUGAAUAUCAGAAAUAAUGGUUUUCUUUUAAAACCCAGUAUCUGCCCCUAAAGCUAACAGUGUUAAGAUUCAGAUAUGACAUUUUGUGUUUGUAACAAUAUUUGAUUAGUAUUAUUGCUAGUAGAUUUUAUUUAUUUUACAUACUACAUAUCUGACUCAUGUUUUGCCUAAAAGAAAAUCACAUUAUAAACAAAAACUGGCAUCAUAAAGACCAUUUCUAAAAGCAUAAGCAUGGCUAUAUAAAUUGUAGUCAGUGCUUCUUAUUAAUGUUUAAAAUCAGCAUAUUUUGCAGACAAAAUCAUGUUUACACCAUUUAAGGUCACAUACACCAAUCACUCAUGAUAAUAAUAUUGUGUUCCUUUGGUCAUCAAAACAGCUUUGACCUGUCAGGAUGACAUCUGAUUAGUAUCUGGUCCCAAGACAUUAGCUGCAAGGACUUUAAUUCCUAUAGGUGAUAUGUCCACCCCUUGACUGGUGGAAAUAGUUAAUCAAUGUUCUGUACUUCACCUGGUUUUAAUGUUAUGGCUGAUCUUUAUUUAUGGUUAUGGUGGGAAAUAAAUGCACUGUACUGGUGGAAUAUUUCAGUGUGAAAGCAGCACAGAAGGCCUUCAGUAGAUUGUGGAUGCCUUUCUCUGCAGAAUCACUGUUGUAUGUUGGUUUGUAUGUGUGUCGUCAUGUUCAGUCCUAAAGAUAGAGAAGCUGCUCAGCAGAAACACAAUCAUGUUAGAGAUUAGCAGGGUCAGCAGAGAUAAGACACAUUUUAAAAAGUGCACUUUAGCAACACGACAAUGACUUUCAUUAUUACAGUAGCAUGUUGUUCAAAUUAUUUAUUUAUUUAUUUGUUUAUUUAUUUAUUUGUGAGGCUUGUUGAUUUUUUAAAUGUUUGAUACAUGAAUGCAAUAAAUUCUCUGAUUAGGAUAAUGUGUAU